UGGGGAUUGAACUCAGAGCUCCCUGAAGUACAGUUAUUAUCCUUGUUAUAGGAGAAGAAACUGAAACACAGAUUGAAUAAAUUACCUGUAUUUGCAUAUAGAAAAUGCCAGAAUUGGAAUUAGUUUCAAAUCCAGCUUCCUCUGUUGUGUCGGAUUCAAACAGGACAUAUCCCUUUGGACAGCGGAGUUGCAGUUUCUGGGGGAGAAGCUCCUUUGCUUUGCAUAAUUAUCAGUCAAGAAUAUUUAUAAAAUUGUAAUUUGCCUUAAGACAAUGAUUUUUAAAGUAUCUGGUCACUCUGGAUAUUUAUCUGCUCUUUCCUAAAUAAAUCUAAUUCACGAAAUGCAAUGAAGCUGAAGGAUCAUCGACAUCUUUGUCUGUGAGUGUGAGAUGACUGGGAUGGUCUCAGGUGCACGCCUCUAGACUACCCUGCAGCCAUGAGUUCAGACGAGAAGGGCAUAUCCCCUGCCCAUAAAAUCCCAGCCACUCCAUCCCAUCGAAGUGCCUCCUCUUCAACAUCAUCCCAGAGGGACAGUAGGCAGAGUACCCGCAUCCUGGAGAGGACUGGUUCCUCUAGCACUGAGCCCUCCGGAAGUCGGCAUUUGCUAGAACCUGAGCCAGUUCCCCUGUCCAAGGAAGCUGACAGCUGGGAAAUUAUAGAAGGGCUGAAAAUAGGCCAAACCAAUGUCCAGAAACCAGACAAACAUGAAGGCUUUAUGCUGAAGAAAAGAAAAUGGCCUUUAAAGGGCUGGCAUAAGCGUUUUUUUGUCCUGGAUAAUGGAAUGCUAAAAUAUUCAAAGGCACCUCUUGAUAUUCAGAAGGGGAAGGUCCACGGGAGCAUAGAUGUCGGACUGUCUGUCAUGUCAAUUAAAAAGAAGGCUCGGCGGAUAGACCUUGACACAGAAGAGCACAUCUAUCAUUUGAAGGUGAAAUCUCAGGACUGGUUUGAUGCCUGGGUCUCCAAACUGCGCCAUCAUCGCUUGUACCGGCAGAAUGAGAUUGUGAGAUCGCCGAGAGAUGCUAGUUUUCACAUUUUUCCUGCAACCUCCACAGCUGAGUCCUCCCCAGCUGCUAAUGUUUCUGUUGUGGAUGGAAAGGUGCAGCCGAACAGCUUUCCCUGGCAGUCCCCACUCCCAUGCAGCAGCAGCCUCCCUGCGACCUGCACGACCGGCCAGAGCAAGGUGGCGGCCUGGCUGCAGGACUCAGAAGAGAUGGACAGGUGUGCAGAAGAUCUUGCACACUGCCAGUCAAACCUUGUGGAACUUAGCAAACUCCUGCAAAAUUUGGAGAUACUUCAGAGAACUCAGUCAGCACCUAACUUUACUGACAUGCAGGCUAACUGUGUAGAUAUUUCAAAGAAAGACAAGCGGGUCACAAGACGCUGGAGAACAAAAAGUGUCAGCAAAGAUACAAAAAUACAGCUGCAGGAAGGGCCACCCGCGAAAGGCCAGUUCAGCACAACCCGGCGCCGGCAGAGGCUAGCGGCAGCAGUGGCUACCACAGUCCCUUUCAGUGCCACUAUGUCACCAGUUCGCCUGCAUUCCUCCAACCCCAACCUUUGUGCAGAUAUUGAAUUUCAGACUCCCCCUAGUCACCUCACUGACCCCCUGGAAAGUUCAACAGAUUAUACGAAGCUGCAAGAAGAGUUCUGUCUAAUUGCACAGAAAGUGCAUUCUCUUUUGAAAUCCGCGUUCAAUAGCAUAGCUAUAGAGAAAGAGAAGCUGAAGCAGAUGGUCUCCGAACAAGAUCACAAUAAAGGCCGCAGCACACAGAUGGCCCGGCUCCGGCAAUCACUGUCUCAGAGUGAAGGAGCAAGCAAAUCCUGGGCACUCAACCAGAAUGCUGAACUAAGGAGUCGGUUGAACAGAAUACACUCAGAGUCUAUCAUUUGUGAUCAGGUUGUCAGUGUAAACAUUAUUCCUAGCCCUGAUGAGCCUGGUGAGCAGAUCCAUGUCAGUCUCCCCUUGUCCCAGCAAGUAGCCAACGAGAGCCGCCUUUCCAUGUCAGAGUCUGUGUCUGAGUUCUUUGAUGCCCAAGAGGUGCUCCUGUCGGCAAGUUCAUCAGAAAAUGAGGCCUCAGAUGACGAAUCUUACAUCAGUGAUGUGAGUGAUAAUAUCUCAGAAGACAACACCAGUGUUGCAGACAAUAUUUCUCGGCAAAUCCUCAAUGGGGAGCUCACGGGAGGCGCCUUCCGAAACGGGCGGCGCACGUGCCUGCCUGCCCCUUGCCCUGACACCAGUAACAUUAAUCUGUGGAACAUCCUGAGGAACAACAUCGGCAAGGAUCUGUCCAAAGUCUCGAUGCCGGUAGAGCUCAACGAGCCGCUCAACACUCUGCAGCAUCUCUGCGAGGAGAUUGAGUACAGCGAGCUCCUGGACAAAGCUUCAGAGACGGAUGAUCCAUACGAGCGCAUGGUUCUAGUUGCUGCCUUUGCGGUUUCAGGCUAUUGCUCCACCUAUUUCAGGGCAGGAAGUAAGCCAUUCAACCCGGUCCUGGGGGAAACUUAUGAAUGCAUUAGAGAAGACAAGGGAUUCCGAUUUUUCUCAGAGCAAGUGAGCCAUCAUCCACCCAUUUCUGCUUGUCACUGUGAAUCAAAGAAUUUUGUCUUUUGGCAAGAUAUCAGAUGGAAAAACAAGUUCUGGGGGAAGUCAAUGGAGAUCCUGCCUGUUGGAACGCUGAAUGUCAUGCUUCCAAAGUACGGAGACUACUAUGUGUGGAAUAAGGUCACCACGUGCAUACACAACAUUCUCAGUGGGAGAAGAUGGAUAGAGCAUUAUGGAGAGAUAACCAUUAGAAAUACCAAAAGCAGUGUUUGCAUUUGCAAACUCACAUUUGUCAAGGUGAAUUAUUGGAAUUCCAAUGUCAAUGAAGUGCAGGGAGUCGUGAUAGAUCAGGAAGGCAAAGCAGUGCACCGGCUCUUUGGGAAGUGGCACGAAGGGCUCUACUGCGGCGUGGCCCCCUCUGCCAAGUGCAUCUGGAGACCAGGUUCCAUGCCAACCAACUACGAGCUCUACUAUGGCUUCACACGGUUCGCUAUUGAGCUCAAUGAAUUAGAUCCUGUACUGAAAGAUCUUCUUCCACCAACAGAUGCCCGAUUCCGGCCAGAUCAAAGAUUUUUGGAAGAAGGAAAUGUAGAAGCUGCAGCAGCCGAGAAGCAAAGAGUAGAGGAACUCCAGAGAUCUCGAAGACGAUAUAUGGAAGAAAACAACCUUGAGCAUAUACCAAAAUUUUUUAAAAAAGUCACUGAUGCAAAUCAGAGAGAAGCCUGGGUUUCUAACGACACUUACUGGGAGCUUCGAAAGGAACCUGGGUUUAGCAAAGUGGACAGCCCUGUUCUUUGGUAAACUGGGAACGUAGAGCUGGCCCACCUCUCACACUCUGAAUGAAUAAAUAACUAUGCACAAUUAUGUUUCUUAUAGCUACACGAGGUUUCUGGGUUGACUGAAAACCUACCAUUUGCUUUCCUAUUCAUCUUUAUAACGGACUUUCAGAAGUGCAUUAGACAAGGCCACUAACCACUUUGGAUCCUUUCUGUUUUGCUGCAACCAUAUUCCUUAAAAAAAAUUUAAAAAAUUAAAAAAAGCAACCCCACGCCCUCCUCGGAAAGGAUACAAUGAGCAGAAUUAUAAAAUCCAAAGUCUGAAGGAUUCGUAAAGAAAAACAAACUGCAACUGGUGCUUAACGCCGAUCAAGAGAGUUAAAAACAACAUAUGAACCACACAUUUGGUCCCUUGUCUGGAAGAGACAUCCCCUUCUCCUAAAAGAACCCCGGGCUGCAGCAGUCGGUCAGUUCAGACUUCAAGGGUGUUUCUGAUGUGCUGUGCUGACCUUGUCGAAAGACCUGAUGCUUCCCAGAGCCUGUUCCAUCUGUAUGCCAUUGUUCAUGCCUUAAGAAAUGCAGAGAUGUACAAUAAACCAUUUUUAAAUGUGUGCUCAUAGGUUUCUAUGAAGGACAGAUCCUUUGAAUCACAGCAUGAUUCACUUUCUCCAUCAGAACAGUGAUUCACUCUCUCCAUCAACAGUGAAUCAGCAAACGAAUGGAUUCAAGCAGUGAACAUGUUCUUUGAUGAGUGAAUUGCUGCAUGGUGUAUCUGAAGGGCGUGAUGGAAAAGGUGUGCUUAGUAGAUCCCUGUCUUCACGUUGUGCGUUAAGUUCUUGUCCUGUGUCCACGUAACAACCUCCCUCUUCCACCUAAUCUCACAGUUUGCCCUGCUGUUUGGUAAAAUGCAUUUGAUUUGCACAUUUGUCCCCAAUGUUAAAACUUUGGAGGGAAAUGCCAGACGGCAUAUGGAAUCGCAGUGUGGGCCUAGGACUGUAAGCACCCGUUUCUGAACGAAGCACAAUGUAACGCACAUCUUCUCUCUCCUGUGACCACCUCGUUGCCACUAUUCCGGUUCCACUGAAAACAGAAUCAAGAGUGCUCAUAGCUUAUUUGCAUUGUUACAGUGGGUUCUAUGCAAAAUUAUAUUUCUUAUUUUUGUCAAGUGGUUCGUGUGAUACAUGACGACAUAUGAGGCACUUACUUGCUCGGGGCAGAGAUUAUAAAACUUGAGCUAGAGAAUCCAUCCAUCCCAGUGGAGGGGAGGGCAGAAAUGUGUUUCGCAGAGUGCAGGAUUUAUUUUUCCACCACAGUAUACAGAAGCUUUCCUGGGAAACUUGCAUCAGUGUUCCUAAGUUUCUGCAUGUAGAUAACUAUAUUAAAUGCCUGUAUUUUUUUUAAAAAUCUCUUGAGAGAUUUUCCUAGAGAAUUAUAAAAUUACAUAUAUUUUAUCAUUAGAUUUUUAUUCUUAGAUUCUUACCAUCUAAAUUUAAGUGUUACUUUAAACUCUGGUAUUAUGGCUACUGACAUUUUAUAUUCACUUGUGAAGUCUUGAUUUUAUUGUCAUUUCUCCUCACUUCAGCGUUCCUAAUAAUGGCUAAUCUACCACCAAACAAAGCUGCCGAUAAGAAUGUAAGGGAAAAUCCUACAAUUUCCUCUAAUUGGAGCAAUAUUUACUUAUCCAAAACUCAUCUCGUCCUUCAGUCAAGUCCUUACAUUAUGUGUACAGUUUGCAUAAAUUCAGAGUAGAAUUUCAUCCUCAGAUUCUUUGAACCAGCAGCAACUCUGGGCUUUCCACGUAAGCAGACCCCACCUGUGCUUCUCAAUCUCCUCACUCCUUCGUUAAGUCUUCUGUGGCUUCUGCACGGCUGUGAGCACCCCUGCCCUCAGUGCUCACCUGUUCCUUUAUUCUUCUUGACCCCCUUGAUCUUCAUCCUCAUUUACAUCCCCUUCAUGUUAAUUGUAAUUUAAUUAGAAUACAUUGACUCCUCCCGGACAUCCGCUCCCUGUGAUUGGGAAGGCUUACAAUGCUAUUUUAAGUGGUCUUAGCCUGUCCUUACAUUUUCUUGAACAGUCUCAAAAUAGCAGAAGCAUUAGAACCCUUUUAAGCGAAGGCUUUGUAGGUAGAGAACAGGAAGGGAGGCCGCCUGUGGCUAAGAUAGGACAUCAGUGAGGAGGCUGGAGGAGGACCUGGGCCCAUGAGGAAACAGCCAGUGUACCUCAGGUUAGACUUGAGCAAGUGAAAACUUGUAGACAGAACCUUGAUCAGGUAGCCUGCAAAAUGCUGAUCGAAGCUAACUUGUAGCUCUGAUUAGGAUGUCAACAGGAAGAUGAACAAAAUGUCAACUUAAUUAAAAUCGCCAUGUUUUAUCUCAGAUUUAGAAUCUCUGGGGAUUUAUGUGCCCUGAUUAUUACCAUUUGAUGGGUCAAUAAAGUUUUAAAUAAUACUCCCUUAACUCCUGCUUGAUUAAUGUUCCCCAUCAAACACUCAUAUUGGCAUAAUGGCCUCAUCUUUUUCAUUUUGUAUUGCAUGAUGCUUGUAGAAGUCUGAGACUUCCCCACUAGAAUUUUCAUCUCUAACAUUUAGGCUUUGGGAACCACACGACAAAGGAUACAGUCUUAGGUCAUUCUGUUGAUCAAACCAGAUGUAUUCCUCAGGAUUUUAUGUAAGCCUUUUUAUUCCAGUCAAACAUUUUGUUUGCUUUCACCCUAAAAUGAUGUAAAAUAGAGGACUUGAUAUUUCUGAACACCCUGCCCAUGACUUAUUUAUAAGCACCUUUUUCUCAUUGGAGAUGGUUAUUUAGGAAAGUGACAAUAAACGGCAGUGACCCUGUAGACCAAACACAUGGAUGGCACACACCAGAGUGUGGAGAGCCCCUGAGAAACUAAAUGUUUUGAUUCUGAUGCUACUACACAAGGUGCAGUUUUACUCAUUCUGCUGGGGUUUUUAUUAAGUUUAUUGGUACAUGGUAGGUAUAUAGUAUGACCACAUUUGUCAUUGGGAAUGUGUACCUGUACUUGAUAGGGUAUAUCUUGAUUCAUUAUUUUUUCGUGGCUUGCUUUAAAAUAUCUUCCCCAUAAUUUCCAGGCAAUUGUAACAAUAACCUCACUUCAGGUACAUCUUAUGCUAUGUGUUAAUUAUAUAACAUUGGGAGGGACCCAAAUGUAAUUUUCUGGGUGAGAAAAAAUAAGGGCUUUUCAAUACAAAGGAUGCCAAGUUGUUGAUUUUCUAAGGCUUUUGCUCUCUUGAUUAUUCUGGCCCCGUGCCUUUGAGCAACUCCACUAAUCAAUCAUUAGAUCCUGUCCUAACGACCAGUAGGAGGGCUUUAGGGAGGAAAAUCUGAUGCAUCUGUUUCUACUUUGUCUUGGUUACAGCUGUGGCUGGAGAAGCAUUUCUCAUAAUAAUCUAAAGUCCAUUUUUGUUACUACCUUGUGGCUUUUAAUUAUCCAUCUUGUCUCAUCUUGUUCUCUGUCAUCCUGGAUAAUGCAGUGCUUGUGGAAGCAGAGCUCCACACUCACCAGGGGGUGUAAGAAAUGUUUGCACUUGGCUCAGUAUAUUACGAUGUGUCACAGUAAAUAAAGUUUGUGUACAAAAUACUAGUUUAUUUCUAUGGGAGACCUUAUGUUCAGGAUAUAUAAAAUGUAUCUAAUUAAAUCAUUAUGAAUCUAUUUUGUGCUCUAGAAAUGUUCUUUGGGGGAAAGAUGGAAAAAAAUUGUCAAUAGACCUAAAAAAAAAUAAUAAUACUACAUGUCAAACCAAGAUUAGAUUUUCUAAGUCUUAGUUGAAUUUGUUAAAAUUCAUAAUUUUACACUGUACAUUGCAUGCAUCUUUCCUUAAAUGGAACCUGACUUUGUUUAGGUUGUCAAAUACAUAAUUUUAAGAGCAUACAUUCGUUUAAGGGUAAGACCUUUUUGCAGCCUCUUCUUUUAGAUAAAGUGGCAAAAUAAGAUAUAGGUUUCUUUGAAACUGAGAUAUAAAGAAUGAAUUAUUUUAAAAUUGCUAUGAUUAACCAGCAUGUCUAAUAUUUUAGGCAAAUGAGGCUUCAUAAUUCUGGCAGUUUACAGUAGGUGGCUCAAAGAGAAAAGCACUUAGCUGCUUUGUGCAUCCUUUCAUUUUCCAAAACAAUAUCUGACUUGAUUGAUUUUUCCAAUCUUCUGACCCUAGCUUAAUGAAGGGUAUGAAUACACAGGUUUGUUCUUUUCAUAGUAUCUAUGAAAAGUUUCAGAAUUGUUCAGUGUUGAAAACCACUUCAUUUACUCUAUUGAAUACUAUUAAUUUUUCAUAGAUUAAAAAUUACCCCAUAAACACGUUACUAGUCAUUUUGGUAUCACCAGAUUGGUAGGAAAACGUGAUGUUGUUUCAUGUAAAUUAUUCUUUCUAGCAUGCCUUCUUUCUACACAUGUUAAACAUGUUAGUUGUAGAUGGAAGAAUAUUAAGUUUUCGUAAAACAAGAUAUAACCCUGUUUGAGUCCCAUCUGUUUCUUCUGACAUUUUUUAGUAGAGUAAGCCCUGAACUUGUGAAAGAGCAAAAAAAGGCUAACAUUCCUGCUUCUUUUAUCUUAGACAUCCAGUUCCCCCUUAAUUAUUCUCAUCCUUUUAGUGAUUUGAGAAUUAAGGUUGUUUUUAAGUUGCAGGUAACACUGACAUAUAAUAAACUUCAUAUAUCUGAGCCAUACAACUUGAUACACUUUGACAUAACCAUCACAGUCACAGAAGUAAACAUAUCCAUCAUCCCCCUAAAUUUGGCCUGAAUGCAUAAUCUUUCCCCAUUCACCAUACAGGAAUCGUAAAUCUGCUGCUUCUUCUUCUUAUUUUUUUUUUUUUAACUUUUGAAAGUGUUUAUUUUCUUGUAUUUGUAGCUCUGAGAGUAUCCUGGAAGUCUGGGUGCAUAGAGUUAAACACUCCUGCCAACUCUUCCCGUGCUGUUGCCCCUUUGUCAACCAUAAAGCAGUAAUAAAAGUUCCCAUUAAGAUCUAGUUCUGGUAGCCCUGUUUAAAAAAAAAAAAAAAUUAACUUGCUUAGAAAAAUUGAAUGUUCCUAUCACAAUUACCAUUUAAUUUACUUGAUUGAUUCUCAAGCUUUGCUAAUCCAAAAUAAUGUGCUAACUGACUGGGGCUGCUGGGAAAGCCCUGGCGAGUGUUGUCUUGGUGUAUAAUGAAAAAGUUCUGACAAAAACACGAGGAGCUGGGAGAACAGCCCAGGAGAGCACGUCUUCAGGAUGAUGAUCUGUGAAGCUGCCUCUGCUGAGCCCCACUUUGAAUCAUGCUUUUAAACUGACUCCUAAAAAUUAGACAUGAAUCAAGUACCUUGUUCUAUUUGCAAACAGGUGUGUGUUAUGCAAUAUUUAACUCGUGUUAAGCAUACCUGUCUUCUCAGACAUUGGUCAUUUCUCUAUAGUGAAAACUUUGAAAACCCUUACUCUGAGCUGUUUGAAAUGUGUAAUACAUCCUUGUUCCCUGUAGUCAUCCUGCUGUGGUCAAGCAUUUGAAAUUUCCCAUGCUCAGAAAUGGCUGUUUUUCUAGGUCUUCAACCCUCACCCCCCAGCCCCCACCCGCCAAAGUGGCUGAACCUAAUUUUGGAGAGAAGUGGCAGAGUCCAGUGGACUUGGAUCCAUGCAAGUUGAAAGCUCAUCUCUGAGCCCAAACCCUAUCAUUUGAAAGGAAAUUUUCCAGAGGUAAUCGUAAUUAACAUGAAAUGCUAGUGAAUGAGAACAGCGGGGAUGAA